CAGCGAAGGCAUCAACAUCGCCUGCAUAUUCGGGACACACCGAAGGAAAAGGAGAACGACCAAACCAAGGAACGAUGUCGAUUUCUAACGAAGCCCUGCAAAAGUUGCUGCGGGAGGUUGAGACGCAAGCAAUUGCCGCGCAACAACAAAUCUCUCUCGUCCGGACCCAGCAAGCUUCCAAGCAACGUGAGUUGCGCAUGGCGCAAUUAACGCGCACAGAGGUCUCUGCACUCCCUCCAGACACCAACGUCUACGAGGGGGUUGGCAAGAUGUUUGUCGCCUUACCCGUCUCCAGCAUGAAGAGUAAGCUGGAAGCCCAGAUCAAGGAAGCUGAGGGAGAGGUAGACGGAUUAGGGAAGCGGCUGCACUACCUAGAGGUUUCGCAGAAGAACAGCAAGGACCAAAUCGAUCGCAUGCUUAGGGGUGGCGUGGGUGCUUCCUAGCUGGUCUCUCCUUCGGGGAGAGGGGAAAGAGAAGAAGCUUGCUACAGGUCCACCGCCGUCCAUCGAUAUCAUGACACGAUUCGAUGGCGCUACAAAUGCUGCGUAACCACUACUCCAAGAACCAAACAACUACGAUCCGCUCACCGGAUAGUUUUUUAGGCAACCUUUCCCGCUCACGCUACGAUGACGCUUGCUUAUCUGUAGUAUGGGAUUGCAAUGAUGAAUAUGAGGCUAUCUGUGAAACACGGUACCCGCCAGCACGUGAGAAAGAAGCGGGAUAUCGAGGUCUCGUCAACACGCCCGUUUAGUUCGUAUGAGUAUUUGAUUCUAAGUAUAGACAUACUUAAUUAUCCAGACAUCAUCAUAUUUUCCAUGUCUUAAUUGACUUAGUAAUUUGAACGACUCAUUACUAAAACUGUCAAGGUGGAAAGCCCCGUAAAGGCUCGAGUAAUAGCUGAUAGUAUGCUAUACAUAUAUACGUAC